AGCCAUCAUGGCUCAGAGUCGGCUGUAAAAACCACCGAUUUUGGGAGGUGAGCCGACAGACCUGGCGGCAGCAGCUUACGGAGCCGCACGGGGAUCACCGAUUGCACAUGCCAGCUUCGGAGGGGUUCCCGACACUGAGCCUCCGGCAGAAGCAUGUCAAGCAGUUGGCGAAGACUGAAAUCUGCAAGUUUUUCCUCUCCAGCAGGUGCGUCAAAGGGGCGCAGUGCCCCUACGCCCACAGCCCCUCCGAGAUCCGGGAGAAGCCCGACCUGGGGAAGACGAGCAUGUGCCGCGACUUCCUGACCACGGGCAACUGCACGAACCCCGGCUGCCGCUUCGCCCACAGCGAGCGGGAGCUGCGCAGCACGUCGGGCUUCUUCAGGACGAAGGUGUGCAGCUUCGCCGGCAGCGGGCGCUGCAAGUACGGCGCCGCCUGCCGCUUCGCCCACAGCCCCGGCGAGAUCCCGCCCGCCCCCGGCGCGGAGGGCCCGCCGCCGCCCCCGCCGCGCGCGAGCGAGGCGCAGCGGGCAGCGCUGGGCCCCGCGGCGGCCCGCGGCGGCGGCCGCGGGCUGCGGCCCGGCGGGGGCGCGAAGGCGGGCGACUUCGACCCCGGGGCCGGCCGCGACGCGGGCUCGGACCAGUCCACGCGCGACGCGACGAGCGCCUCCGCGUCGACGCCGUCGGGCUCCGGCGACUCGGCGCAGGACGGGGGCGCGGCGCGCGGGCUGAGGCGCCGGAGGGGGCCGGCGGCCGCGCCGAGGCAGUGCACCACGCUGAUCAUCAGGAACAUCCCCGACUUCCUCACGCAGGGCGCGGUGACCUCGCUGCUGGAGGACCUCACGGAGUGCAUGCGCGGGGCGUUCGACUUCUUCUUUUGCCCGUGGAACUCCAGCCAGGGCCGCAACCUGGGCUUCGCCAUCGUCAACUUCUUCUCGCGCUCCGCCGCGGCAGACUUCGAGAGCCGGUGGGCAAACGAGCCGCUGCUUCCCGGGAUCCACGGCGCCAAGAAGAUGAGGCUCCUGCCCUCUGCGCUGCAGGGGCGCGCCGCGAACCUUCGGCACUUCUCUGGCUUCAGCCUCGCGCACCACCCAGACCCUCGCUUCCGGCCGCUCGUCCGCGCGAGUCCCGACGAGGAGUUGCGCCCCAUGGCGCUCCCGGAGGAGAUCAUGCAGGGCCCCCUCGCGGGGCCAGAGCAGGGCGACCGCGAGGAGCUGGAGGAGCAGGGCGACUUCUUCGAGGCCCUCCAGGACCUCUGCCACGACCCCGAGCGGGACCUCCCGGGCCCGUGGGCCGACGGGGCGGGGCUGCCGCCGGCGCGCGCGGCGGUCAGCGGAGGCCUCGUCGACCGGCGUCCCGGCUUCGCCGCCCCGCCUGCGGCGAGCUCCGUGGGCCAUCCCGAGGGGGAGCCCUACCAGGGCCUCCACCGCUGCGGGGGCCCGCAGCCCCCAGGUCUGCAGCGUCCGCUGGAGGCGCCAGCCGCGCCUGUGCUGCCGAUGCCGACGCAGCUCGGCCUCGGGGCCGGGCAGGGCCUGCUGGGCUGCUGGGCAAGGGAAGCGAUGGCGUCGCGGUCCGGGUCGGGAGAUGCCAGGGCGUAUUCGAGGGCUGCCACGGCGGGCACACGGCCCGCUGCCGCACAGGCGUUCUCCGACUGUCCCCCGCCGGCCAGGUUCGAUCCGCGAGGCCGAUGUCCGCUCACAGUGCCUGAGGCCGCGGAGGAUACCGACGAGGUGCACUCGAGCUCCUGGUCGGCCGAGCACCGCUGA